CGGCGACCGGGUAGCUCAAUGUUCUCCUCGACAUCGUCCCUUCAACCUUCGCGGCGCGCCGCAAGUGCGCCAAUGUAUCGCGGGCGCGCCCAAUCACGUGCUAUAUUCGGGCAGCCCAAUGAUCUCAUCAAAGUUCAGCCUCUACUACUGCCAACGCCCCGAUGCCACGCCAGCGCAGCCAAUUAGUCCGGAGCUAGACCAAUGGAGCGGACACGGUCAGCUCAAUGGUCUUGUCAACGAUUGUAUUCUGGGCCAGAUGCCACCCAAGCGCUUCAAUGUCCCGGAGAGCUCGCCAAUGCCACAGCGAAUGAACAGCUCAAUAUUGCGCUACGACGUCACGGAAGAGCGUCAAUACCGGAGGAAUAGCGUGGAAGACUCGCGAGCUUGCCCAAUGCCAUGGAGAACGGGCAGCUCAAUGACUUUGUCGACGUCGCCUCUCGACCGAUGUAGCAUCUCAAGCCCCAGCCAUCAAAUUACAAUGUUCGCGAGCCCGACACCGACAAUGACGACGCGCAAUAAGAACCGGCGCUGUCAAAUGGCGCUUCUCCCGCGCGGCGACGCAAUGAGGUCGGCAGGCUAAUGUUCUACGAUAUUCGACAGUCAAUAUUUUGACGAAGGACUAGCACUCAAGUCGCAAUGCUUUAUUCCCCGACCUCAAAGUGUCGCGCCUGUCAGCCCUCAAUUGGCAAUGCAUCGACUCAGUCUUUAGAAGUCAUGGAUUACCCAGGACUAUCGAAGGCAAAAGUCUAUGCAAUGGCUUCGUGCUCUACUAGGCACCCCCACGAUAUAUCGGUA